UUUGCUGUCAGUCUUGUUAAUUAGUUCUGAAUUGUAUGUUCCGCUUGAAGCGUUGUGUGUUUAUUUAUUGGAAAAUGCUUGAUUCUUUUUGAAGCAAUCUUUAAUAUGGAUGUCGAGACCCAGGUAAUAGUGAUAGCGAGCGUGUUCGGUGGUGCCUGCUUGGUGCUGUUCAUCAUGGCUAUAGUGCUCUGCGCUCAAGUCAGCAGCCUCCGGAAGAAGGUCGCUGAGAUGCAAGCCACUGGACGCAUGAGGAUACAGAAGCUGAAGAUGGACAGCGACAAGAACCACGCGUUCCACAACCCCGCGCUGUCGCCUGAUGAGGAGCUGUCCCGGCGCGGCUACUCCAUGUACACCAGCCAGGAUGACGUGGAGAGCGGCCGACAUGAGCGGCAGACGGGUGGGCAGUUCGUAGACAGACAAACGCCCAGCAGCAUGUACGAUGACAGAGUCAGUUCAGCACAAACCAAUUUCGUGGAUGAACUGACACGAGAGCUGGACAGCAGGCAGCAGCGGCCCAAUAAUCCACCGCCAUUCCUGCUGCAGAGCAUCGAGGAAACUAAAAAGAAGACCAGAAACCUUGCCAAUCCAGUAGCCAAUGGCAGGCAGAGUGAAACUAACCCUAACUUCAUGUACUAACUUCUGUUGUAACACCACUUUGUGAUGAUGUUCAGGGUUGGAUGAAGAACUGUAAAGAUACGUCAACAUUUUAUAGAAAGCAACUUACAAUUUUUAUCAUAAUGUAAAUGAUGUAGAUUGAAUGGUUGCUUCAAAAUUGCAGUAUACUGACAACGAUGUGACAACUAACAAUGCUACUUCAACUCUGGGCAUCAUCGCUAAUACUGAACUUGUACAAAAUCUUUCUACUUCAGCCUAUAGGCACCUUUACUCAAAGUGCAAGUGUAAAGGUUGUUGACAAGGACAAUUUGGAGAAUGCUUCCAUGUGAGUUGAAAAUGCAAGCUCCUAGUCCGUAAUGGUUGUCUUGAAUAAAAAAAACCUCGAAAGAAAUGAGUCGCUGAACCAUAUUCAGCAUCAUGAUCAAGCGCUUGUAAUCAAGCAUACAUUAUAAUAUUUUUAUUAAUGUAAUUUUAUAUUUUUUUACUUCUUCUAUUGAUUUUGCAUGAUUUAUUAUUAAAUCUAUUCUUUUGUAUUCUUAUAUUUUCUUUUCGAAAUUAUCUUCUAUGUAAGCAGCGGCAGAGGACGCAUAGCUGUUGUUUAUUUACAAGGUAAUUUCAUCUUUGCCUAACCUUGUGCUGUCUUCUCUCUGGUUCUCUAUGCCUAUACGGGUAACUCAGGUCAUAGGGCAAGGCCACUGGUACUUUACAUAAUUAAAAGCCUUUUUAGGCGUAUGAGUGAAAAUGCAGUAAUCUUUCUACUAAUUUUAAUUUGAAAUUAGGACGAUAAGGAUUACUUAACUUAUUGUAAGAAUAAUUAAGUACCUAAGUAUUAAAAAUACGUUAAAAGCUAA